UUCCAAGUUGUUUGUAGAUGUUUCGACUUGUGUAACAUAUAGUAUUCACUUUAUACUGUAUGUAAGUAACUUUUAGUUUUCUUUCAGUGCAUUAAAAUCCUGAACUAUGGCUGGUCAGACUAAAGUGGUGUUAGUUCUCCUUCUCACCGUGGCAGCAACAGCUUUUGGAAACCAUGGAUGCUUAAGAUGUCCAGCUGGAUGGUCACUCUUUAAAGGACGUUGCUUCCAAUAUUUUGGCUUCAGAACGGAUUGGGCUUCUGCUGAGAAACACUGCCUGACUCAAGGUGCACACUUGAUCUCGAUACACAAUGAGGAAGACUAUCAGCAUGCUAAGUCCAUUAUUCGUGCCCAAGACCCCGGCGAGAAUCCAACCUGGAUUGGCCUUUCUAGAUGUAAAAAUGGAUUGAACUGGUCUUGGUCUGAUGGUACACAAGUUACUUUUACCAAGUGGAAUCCAGGUGAACCAAAUACUCUACCGAACGAGUUCUGUGUGCAUAUGAACUGGUUUCAUUCUUUCACCAGUCAUGGCAUUUUCUUUGGUUCAGGCAUUAAGAACUGGAACAACAUUCCAUGUAAUAAUGUCUAUCCUUUUGUGUGUGUCAAGAGGAGUCAGUAAGGAGUCAGUGUAAUGCUCCCAGCCACACCUCACCAACAAUAACAAAAUGUUGGAUUUUUUUUUUUUCAUUUUCUUGUCACAAAAAUGUUUUUGACAUUUUAUCAUAA